AUGAAAUCCACCAUCCUCGCUUCCGCUCUUGUUGCCCUUGCGCUAGUAGUCGACUCUGUGAGUGCCGAUUAUUAUAACGUUUCGUCAAAAGAGAGCAGCAGCGGUUUGUUUGGCGGCUACCCGACGCAGACAAAUUCCAUCACGUUGGUGACGGAGUACGGUGAAAUCCCCAACUAUGCAAGCUUUACGACCCUCAUGGAGAGCAAGCUGAAUCGGAAAUUGCAGACAUCCGGACAAGGCUUUGGCAAUGAUCCCACUGCCUGUUCGGCCGAUGGUGUCCGCUUUACGUGCAUUGCUCCCAGUGAGUACAGUGCCGGUGGCAAUGAAACCAAGAUUACCAAUACCAUUACGUGCGACUUGAACGAUCAAAUUGGCACCAACUUUCAAGAAUCGGACAAUUGUAUUUGCAAUUCGCUGCUGGAACAGGAGAUUGUCAACAGUACCGCGACACGCACAAGGAACUGUGCCUGUGGUGUCUGUCCCCAGGGAUCGGCGCAAGCCAUUAGUUUGGAUUGCAGUGUCGUCGAAGACGAUCCUUACGUCGCUGGAACUUGUAAAACCAUUGAUUGCGAUGGAAGGUGCAAUGGAGGAAAUAUUGUCGUGAAUGUGCCCACGGCAGCUCCUGUGGCCGAAGGUGGCGACAACGAAUCAUCGUGGGCUGUGAUUGGAACGAGCACUGGCACAACAGCUAUCUUGGCUGUCGUGUCGGCUGUUUGGAUGAUGAUGAUGGUCUAA